AUGGCUUCCCUCCGGAUCCUCUCCUGCUUCACCCUCAUCGGGCUCUCCGUAGGCUCUGGGGCCCCUGACAGUGACCCAGAGCUGAUCAUUACACCCAGGAUCAUCAAUGGGACGGACGCUCGUCCUGGUGACUGGCCCUGGCACGUGUCUCUAGUGACUUCCAAGGGAUGCUUGAAGUGUGGGGGCUCCCUGAUCGACAGGUUCUGGGUGAUCACCGCCGCCCACUGCAAUAUCACGACCUCUAUGCGAGUUGUCACCGGGCUGUUUGAAGUAAACACCUCUGAUGCUAACGUUGAAUUUCUGAGGAUUGCCCAGGUUUUCAUACACCCCGAAUUCAACUUGAGCACAGUCUACAGUGACAUCGCCCUGCUGAAGCUGGCCUCACCCGCUCAUUUUCAUCAAUCAGUGUUCCCUGUUCCCCUGCCCAGUGUUGGUGCCUACUUCCGUCCUGGAACCUGGUGCAGAAUUGUGGGCCUGGGGCACCUGUACCCCAAUAGGAAGUGUCGCCCUAGGAAGCUGCAGCAGGCCACUGUGCCCCUCUGGGGCAUGGCCACCUGCAAAAAGUUCUGGCCCGGCUUCAGCACCCAUGCCAUGCUCUGUGCUGGGGUGAAAGGUGUGAGCAACUACAUAGGCGACUCUGGUGGCUCCCUGGUCUGCCGCAAGAAUGGAAUUUGGACUCUGGUGGGCAUCGUGAGCUUUUUUGAAAAACACGAUCCCACCGGGAGCCCUUUUGUGGUCACUCGUGUCCCUACAUUCAUACCCUGGAUCGAGGCGACCAUAGCUAACAUCUCACCCUGA